AUGGAGGAUAUGCGAAAAAUUAGCUCAUGUUCAUUACAUUCAUCGGACCAUAAUUAUUCUCAAGAGUCCAUCUUAUAUGCUCUUAAUCGUUUUAUCAAGUCAGUUGGUAAUAUGAAUAAUAGUGUUCUCGUGCCAAAUAGACUUCAGGACAUUGACGAGGAUCUCGAUUCUAAGUCAAUUGUCUCCCUUUGCUCGGAUGAUGGAUCAACCUCUUCUCUAGGUAACUCAUCUUCAGGAAGUGGUACUCUUCACGAUCAAUAUCGAAUGAUUAUCGAAGCCAAAGAAGACAUUCUAUGGGGAACCAAUUUAAGGCAACCUGAACCAUCUGAAGCAUCAAUUAGUUUACAAUUUAAAUAUCAUUUACAACAAUUACAACAACUGCUUAACCAAUUUGCCGAUGUUGCCAACCAUUUGACCGCUAAAUAUGAAUCUACUUCAGUUUAG